AAACACAUCCCAUGAGGUCUCUAUAUAUAGCCCGGAAGCUGGCCUUGUUUUCUCAACACGUUCCUUCAGUACCAAAAAAAAACUAACUCCUUGCCCUUGGUGUUUCUUAAUUCCGAGUGCAAUGGCUUCUUCAUCUUUUUCCUCUUCUUCUACGGCUACUAUAGCAUUUGUUUUGCUGCUUGGUUUUUUGGGCAGCUCUUCUGCUCAACUCUCCACCAACUUCUACUCUAAAACUUGCCCAAAGCUAAUGACUACUGUGCAGUCGGUGGUUAAAUCUGCCGUGUCGAAGGAAAAGCGCAUGGGCGCUUCCCUCCUUCGCCUCCAUUUCCACGAUUGCUUUGUCAAUGGUUGCGACGGGUCAAUACUUCUGGACGAUACUUCGUCGUUCACAGGGGAGAAGACCGCUGGCCCCAAUAACAGAUCCGUGAGGGGAUUUGACGUGAUUGAUGAUAUCAAGUCCGAAGUAGAGGAUGCGUGCCCCGGUGUAGUCUCAUGCGCCGAUAUCGUUGCUAUCGCUGCUCGUGACUCUGUUGUCCUUCUUGGAGGGCCGGGUUGGGAUGUGAAACUUGGCCGCCGGGACUCGAAAACAGCCAGCCUUUCGGCGGCAAACAGCGGCGUAAUCCCACCUCCCACUUCUACCCUCAGCAACCUCGUCAACAGAUUCCAAGCUAAAGGCCUCUCCACCAAGGACAUGGUCGUUUUAUCUGGAUCACACACAAUAGGGCAAGCAAGGUGCGUCCUCUUCCGAACCCGCAUCUACAACGAGACCAACAUCGACUCUUCCUUUGCAAAAACAAGGCAAGGCAGCUGCCCGCUCACCGUCGGCUCCGGCGACAACAAUCUUGCUCCUCUGGACGUUCAAUCCGCCACCGUUUUCGACAACAAGUACUACAAGAACCUCAUCAACCAGAAGGGACUCCUCCACUCCGACCAAAUCCUGCACAACGGCGGUUCGACCGACUCCCUCGUGGAGAAGUACAGCAAGGAUUCGGAUUCCUUCGACUCGGAUUUCGCCGCUGCGAUGAUCAAGAUGGGAGACAUUAGUCCCCUCACCGGAUCCAGCGGCGAGAUCAGGAAGAAGUGUAGGAAGGUGAAUUCGUGAAGAAAAGAAAAAGUUUUGCAAUUGAAUUUGAUUGUCCUGAAAAUAAUGUAACAGCCAUAAAAUGGGUUGGCUGCUGCUGGUUUUUUCUUUUUCUUUUUCUUUUUCUUUUUUGGUUUGUUUGUUGGUUUGAUGCAUGCAUGUACUGGAUUGUAAAAGUAGGAAGGAAACUAGGAGUUCAAUUGUGAUAUUUAUUUUUUGUAGCGGGCGUAAACUUUGUUGUCUGAAUUUUUAUGAAUAAAACGGACCUUGAUUUUAA